AUGGGACAGCUGCCAUCGCGACGAGUGACACCAUCACGAGUCUUCCUUCACUCAGGAGUAGACUUCGCCGGCCCAAUCAACAUCCUGAGGUGGAGAGGCUCCGGGGCAGGCAAAACGAUGUACAAGGCGUACAUUUGCUUAUUUGUCUGCUUCGCCACAUCCGCCACACACUUGGAACUGGUCACAGAUCUCACGGCGGACGGAUUCAUCGCAGCGUACAAGCGAUUUACGGCAAGACGGGGAAUUUGCGCGACCCUGACCAGUGACAGGGGAUUAAACUUCAUCGGGGCAGAAAAGGAAUUACGGCAAAUCAUCCACCAGGCAUCCAGCGAAUCGGCAACCAUCAGGAACUGGCUAGCAACAAACGGAACGGAAUGGAGAUUUAACCCGCCCUACUCGCCACACAUGGGAGGCAAGUGGGAGGCCGCGGUUAAAUCCACGAAACAUCACCUACGGAGAGUGAUAGGAACUUCAACUCUGACGUACGAGGAAUUUACGACUCUUCUGACUCAGGUUGAAGCCAUCCUGAACUCGAGGCCACUCUGCCCGAUAAAUAACGACCCGCAAGACACCACGGCAUUGACACCAGGGCACUUCAUCAUCGGCGGAUCGCUGACAGCGAUUCCAGAACCAAGUCUGGAAAACAUCAACACGGAUCGGUUAAACCGGUGGCAACUUAUCACGCAGAAGGUGCAGAACUUCUGGGACCAUUGGGCACGCGAGUGCGUGCAUCGCUAUCAACAAAUCUAUCGGUGGAGGAAACCAACGGACGACAUUAAAAUUGGGACGUUGGUUCUCAUAUCAAAUGAGCAGGAACCGCCAACCAGAUGGCCCCUGGCUCGAGUCAUCAGGAUCCACCCGGGACGGGACAACUUGACCAGGGUUGUCACACUUUGGAAGGGCAACAAGGAAACGCAGCGGGCAAUCCAUCGAUUGGAUGACCAACCGGACGACCUCGGCCAAUCACCCUUGACCAUCGUAACGAGAGGUUACGAUCGAUCUCGGGAUCGUUACGAUGGUCAGUACGCCAUCAUCUAG